AUUUGAUAAACAGUUGACACAAACAGACAGUUGACUUCUCUUUUAACUGCAGCGGACAUUGAUACAAUGGCAACCAUGGUCGGAGGAUACGGUCCUAUAAGGGUCGCCAAUAAGGAAACUCAGGAGAUUUGUCAUCAGGUGAAGACCCAUGUGGAGAAAAAGACAGGAGUGAAUUAUGUGGAAUACAAAGCAGUUGAAUCCAGGUUUCAAGUUGUGGCAGGAAUAAACUACCUCAUCAAGGUUCAUGUUGGAGGAGCGAACUACAUUCAUCUGGAAAUCUUCCAAGAAAUGAGGAACGGAGGAAAGGUUUCUCUGACUAAUGUAAAGGAUCAUCAGACCAAAGACAGCCCCCUCGAACCUUUUUAGAAACUGAUCCCAGAACCAGUCUCACCAGUAAAACACUUAAAGGCUGCAGUCUCAUGUUAAAAUCUUCUGCUUCUUUAUUCUGAAAUGAUUUAACAUUGAUU